AUGAUUAUCAGGAGUUCGGGCCUGUUUGGGCUCGACCACCACACGAUGGUAUAUUUAAUAAUAGCGAUAGCAUUAAUUCUGGUACCAGCGUCUAACAGCGCCCCGAUGUAUGAAAGUGAUCAGACAGAACUGGAAAACUACGGCGAAUCAACUGGAUGCUACUACAACUACAAUCAUUACGGCGAGGGCGAUCGUAUCAUGACGAACGAACCAUGUUUGAACUGCACAUGUCACGAUCGCAUGCUGAUGUGCUAUCUGCGCGUCUGCCCGUUCACGAAGGCGAUCGGGCAGGACUGCACGAUUGAGAAGCGGGAAGACCAGUGCUGUCCGGUCAUCACCUGUCCGGAGGUGGAGGUACAGCUGCUCGACCAUCAGACGACGGCCAAUCCAUCGAACGCCCUCGGUGCCACCUCAUCGAGCGAGGUUGGUGCGCCCGAUCAGUACGGUUGCUCGAUCAAUGGACGCUUCUAUCCGGAAGGAGCUCAAGUGCCAUCAAAUCCACAAAAACCUUGUGAGCUGUGUUACUGCAUUCGCAACAUGACGACCUGCGUGAUGCAGGAGUGUACACUGCACAUCGACGGUUGCCAACCGAUUUACAACAAGGGUGUCUGCUGUCCAGUGAAAUACGAUUGUGAUCACGAUAAAGAUUCGACCCCGAUGUUGGAAGACGAAAGCACUACUACGGUGCGCCCAACACCAGGUUUCAUCCUCACCACUACGGUGUCGCCAUCGGUGUCAACUGAUUGCGUGCACAACGGCGAAACGUAUGCGGACGGCGCACUGAUCAUGACGGACAAACCGUGUGAGCACUGUUACUGCAUGCGAGGAGACAUCGUGUGCGCAGUGCAGGAGUGUGGCACUCCGCUGGAGAACGAGGGUAAGAACUGUACGGCGCUGCCACCGGCAGUGGGACAGUGCUGUCCGGACAAGUAUAUCUGCGAUGGUAGUGCAGCAGCCGCGAUGACGACGACCACCGUACCAAGCACUCCAGCGUUUGCCGACGAUGAUGCACAGGAGGAGCAGGAGGAAGAUCAGCAACAGUAUGACGAUAAAAAGUCCACAAAGCCUGAGCAGGAAUCGGUACCGACACAGACCACACAGGCUAGCGUGGAAAGCACCACAACCGUGGCAACCAACGAUCAGAAGGUGCAGGAUGUAGUACCGGCAGAGAAGGAAGUGGAAGACGAUGAUGACGACCAACAGGAGCAGGAGCACGUCGCACCGCAAUUCGAGGACCCACUGACAGACGAUAGCCACGAAGAGGACGAUAGCGAUGAGCAGGUGCCGUAUAAGGUCGACGAUGAGCAGCGGCUGACAACGGAACAACCAUCCGUAAGCAGGAAGCCAGACAUUGAAAGUGAUCACAUCCCCGGACACGAAGCAUCGCACGAGAAGGAAGAAAGCCAACCACAGGAAACAACUCCCGUGGUGGCCUUUGAUGAUGAUACUGCUGCUGCCGCAGUGACUACAGUACGACCGGACGCACCAUCGAAUGCGGAAGCGGCAGUACAAGACGAAACAUCCACGAAGACUCACGAUGAUGCUGAAGUGUCAAGCGAUUUUGCUGGAACGACAGUGGCCCCCACACGGGAAGUACAGGAACCAGAAGCUGAUCAGGUACCAUCUGAGCAGGAUGAUGAUGACCAGGCACCGAGCACUACUAAACCAUCCGCUGACGAGAUGCCAUCGGCCAACGAACCGACAACUACGCGGGAUGACGAGGGCAUUUCCGAAUCCGCGGUAACGACAUCGCUACCACCGCAGUAUGUACCAUUGGCGAAUGCGGACGAAAAGGAGAAUGAAAUACACGAACAUCACGACGAAGCAACCGAGACAAGUGCGGUGCAACAACAACCAGAUCACGAUGAUGCUACAACGGCGGAUGAAGAUGACGAAGUGGAGACACCCGGUGGACAAGAUAAACCGGAAGAAGGUGAAGAAUCCCGCACAACGACAGCCCUACCGGAGCAUGAUGAAAUAACAAGUGCACCGGAAACACACGCGCACGUGCCAUCGAGCGAGGCUGUGCUACCAGAGCAAGACAAACCGGAGGUGAGCACCGAGAAGAAAGAGGCUACACAAAAGGCCGACGAUCAACCGCAGGUGAAUGAGCAAGAUUUCGUGGAACUACCACCGGCAGUGGUUGUGACCGAGCUACCGCCAAUUCCAACCUCAUCGGAUGAAACGUUCCCGACGGAACAAACACCGGAACCUCCUAAGGAUGAGAUCUUGCCAAAUAUGCCAUUAGAGGCAGACUCACACAUAUUGUCCGACUCGAUGACGACCGAGCAUGCACCUACCUUUGGUGAUCGUAAAGAGGACGAUGAACCGGAGCAGACCCAUGUACAGACUGGUGCAGACAUGGAAGAGCCUGUUGAAAUGAACACAAUCAUUCCGCUCCAGACGGACGAACAGAAGGUGGACGAGCCGGCGAACGAAGACAAUGAGCUGGCGCAUGAUAAGGAACAGGAAAUUGAGCACGACCAGCAUACCGCGGAUGAUGAACAGAGUGGCGAAGAGCAGGACCAUAUCGCACCUGGUCAAGACGAAGUGCAAACACACGCCACGCCGGUAGAGGAAAAGCUUGAAGAUGACCAGCAUGUGAUGAGCCCCGACAAGCUGUUCCCGGAGUCGAUUCCAGGCGAAGGCGAUUGUCUAAUAGACGGUGUCACAUACGAGAACGGUGCUAGCGUACCACCCAGCGGAAAAUGUCAGGUGGCGUGCCACUGCUCGAACAGUAUCGUGCACUGUGAAAUGGUACGUUGCAAGGCGGCACCGAGCGAUGCCUGCACACCAAAAUCGACACUAUCCGGUGAGUGCUGUCCGACCUACGUCUGCCCGCAGGAAGCUACCUCCACGGCAAGUUCUGUAUCGGUAGAAUCGACUGAAGCUUCGACGGAAAGCGAUGCGGAAAGCGACGAAGAGCAAGUUUCGGCGGACGUAAGCGCCGAAUCGCCCGAAUCAGCGACAAAAGCACCGGUGUUCGAUUCACAGUCCACUUCCACAAACGAGGAGGAUGAUGAUUCCAGUCAACCAUCGGAAGCGGAAAGUGAUAGCGCCGGGUUCGAUGUAGAUGAUGAGUCGUUUAACCCGUUGCGUCCGCAGAAACCUGCACCUGAUAUGCAGUUUGACUUUUUCGCCGGCAAUCGUCCUACGACGGCGAACUACGAGGAAGUUAUCAUCCUCAGUACGGUCGCACCAACAAACGUGCCUGCAGUGGUCACCGACGUGGUUGAGAGCGUUACGAAAGACUCGACCGAACCACAAAAGCAAAAGCCGACCGAUGCGACGCCAACAGCUGACAGCAUGACGAGCGACGAAGAGAAGGAAGAGACCACCACGUUGGGCACUGUUGCGGAACGCGGUCCAGAGGUCGAGCAGGAUGAGAAUGAGGUAAUACGCGAGCAGGACGAAGAAUCGCAACCAACAACGGCAAAACCAUUCGCAGUGGAAAGUGAAACCACAUCUUUGCCGCUGAACGAAAGAGACGAAAGCAGCUCGGUAAAGACUGAAGUUUCGCAAGUUGAAGUUACUACUACCAGUGCGGAAACAGACAAUGAGCAACGUGUUACUUCUCCUGCCGCUGACGAAGAGGUAGAUGACAAGCAGCAGGUACAAGAUGUAAUUCACGCCGACGCUAACGCAGGUGAUGAAGAAGAGGUAACAAAACCGGAACACGUUUCUACAACGUCUAGCCCAACGCUAGCAGAAGAGGUCGAGCGAGAUGAUGAACAAGACCGCCCAGUACAAACGACUGUUCGGUCUGUAGAGCCAACGGUAGAACCCGCAACGGAACAGGAACCAGCCGGACAACAUAUCAACGAUGUAGAAAGCGAUGAUAUUUCCAGCUCGGUGGAAGACGACGACAAGCCAUUACCAGUUGCGGACGACGAUGAUAGCCCUGCUUCGGAAACAACUACAACGCGAGCCGUUGAAUCGGAUGUGGAACAGGUGACACCUACCGAAACCCAACAUAAAGCGGACGAUUCGACGAGCGCUCCAACCAUUAGCACGGAACAAGACGAAGAGCGCGUGCAGGUAGCAUCAACAACACCAACAGCGGAUCUCGAAAAUGAGCUCGAAGAUGAAGAACAUGCCGCCGGGGAACAGCAAAAGGACGAAACUGAACUGCCCCACGAUGAUGACAUUCCGAAGCCUGCGAUUGCUCCAAUCACUUCCAAACCGGUGAUAGAAGUCGAACAAACGACAGAUUUUGUGCAAGAACCCGAAGCAGGACACAAACUGACCACAGUUUUAGACGAAGAACAGCCAGUGACUACCGCUCGGGCUGUUAUUAGUGAGAAGGAAUCGGAAGUCCCUGCUACUGUAACUGUGCGGAACGAAAUGGAUGAAGGUGAAGAGGAUGAACGCAAAACGACAGUAGUGACCGUUACGCAAAAGACAGUUACGACAACUGUACCAACUGCCACAGAUGGUUCACUUAUCUUCCGCGUGGACGAUGAUGAAGAGCAACCGAUCGUGAAACCGACGCUAGAGGAAAAGAUUCCAACUCAGGAUACGAUUAAACCAGCGCUUGGCGAAACGAAGCCUACUCAGGAUGCAGUGAAACCUCAACCAGUAGAUAGCGAAGAAACAGACGAUGAUAACCUGAUCAGUCCGGUACAGGAUGGCGGAUUCCAUUUCCCGCAAGAGGAUGAUGACGAGGCGGAAGAGCCUAUCUACAAGCCGUCACUGGACGACUCGGAACAGCACGUAGCGGUGCCAUUACCGGUGGAAAUUCCCCAGGAAAAGCUACCUCUAGAACCGGUCGAUCAAAUUAAGGAACACGACGAUGUUGAAGCAAGUACCUCGAUGCAUAGUGAUCAUGUACCAAUGACUCCAACCACCGUUGUACCAUUGAAACCGGAACAAGAUCGCGAACAGGUAACGCACGAUGAUGCACAGGAAAGUAACGAAAUCGAGACGGAUGCCCAUCAGCUCGCUACACCAGUUAAAAAACCAGAACAGCCACCAAUGUACGACGAAAUUGAAGAAAAUGAACAGCAAACGGUCGCACCCACCAAACAUACACCGGAACUGACAACUGAAGGACAUAAACAGGACACCGAGCCUCAAGCUGCCACAGAGAAAUAUGAUGUUUCAACCGAGACGCACGAAAAGGCUGGUGAUGAGCAAGAACAACCAACCACGACAGCACGUCCGAGUGACACAUUUGACGCAAAACCAGCAAUUGUACAGGACCCGGAACAGGAUGAAAGCGAAGAUGAGCAUACAGCCGAUACACUACCAGAUGUAGAAAGCGCACAGCCAACGACGGUCCGUGCGACGGCUGCGGACAGUGAACAGGAUGAAGAGCAGAACGUUACCACUGUGUCAUCAACUGCUGGCCACGAUGAACAGACGCAGGACAAGCAGACUACUGCAUCAAUUCCGAUGCAUGAGGAUGUACACGAGGAUGAGGACGAGGAUAAUACACAGACCCAUCUGAAUGACAUUGAAGAAGAUGUGCCAGCGGCCACCACACCACAAGUUUCUCUGCAACCCGAAAACCAAGAUGACAGGGAAACGGAGAAAGACCAGGUUUCGCAGUCUGACGAUCAAGACGAAUCAGAAGAUGUGGACACUACAACGAAAGGUUCGGUUUCCUACGAUGAAGUGCAACCCACAACGGCGGCAGAUGUGGACGUUAAGCAGACGGUUUCCGUAAUGAAAGAACAGUCUACUACACUUGCACCGGUGCAGGAUGUUGAAAAAGAGGAUGGAAAUACGCACAAGCCAGACUUCAGUCCUAUCGAAAGUGACGAUGCUCAUAGCAGUAGCGAGGAUGAUGAUGAGGGGCAAGACGAUACAGAGCAACAGAAGGAAACCGCUACGAAAAUACCAGUGGCUCAAGCAGCAGCUGACACGUCGGAAGAACUGAUCUCACCAACGGAACGAAUCUCUGCAUCAGAUACUAGCGAUGAUGAUGACAGCAGUUCCGUUACCGAACCUACACAGAAAGAUUCUGAAGAAGACCAAAAGCUUGACGACGACAAUCAGGAUGAAGCGACACAAACGACCUUGGGCCCGCACACGGCUCAAGAUAAGAAGCAGCAACCGGAGUCGGAAUCGAACGUUACCACUAAGCCAGAACAUGGCGCCGCAGUCGAAGAUGACGUAGAUUUCGAACAAGAACAACAGACGAUUGCCAGUCCGACCACACCGCAAGCUGCUGAGGAGAAGGACAAACAGACGACUUCGUCGUUGCCACUGGAUGACGAUAAUCUUCCCGAUGCUUUGAGUCCGGAAGGUGAAAAGAUGGGUGUACCCACUGAGCAAGAGGUCCAAGUCACUACGGUUCGUGCCACUGAGUUCGAUUUUAAUGCUGUCGACCCACACCAGGAACAGCCGCUCUCCGAGCCUGAGUUUGAUGACGAUCGAGAUGAAAUUACACACACAACCACGUUCGCCACGCCAGAACAAUCCAGUGUAGCGCAAGAUACGCCAGAUAAGAAACCAGCAGAGACAGAAUCGGAUGAGAGCGUGUCUACGGAUGAUACAUCGAACGAUGAGUUGGGCAAACCAGACGAAGACUCACAUGACAAGGACGUUCCAUCGGGUGUUCCAGUAACCACCAGUGCGUCCAUCGACGAUGAUGAUGAAGAGGAUGAUGAUGGCCAGUUAACGACCGUAAGAUCGAAACCAAUCCGUGAUGAGGAAAGUUUGACGUCAACUACGGUUGCAUCAGUACCGCAGUUACCUGAACUUGAUGAAACUAGUGAAGGAACCCGUCCGAUCGAUGCACAAGACCCGGAACAAACUAGCGAGACCGUUACUGCUCAUGUACCCGAAAGCGAUGAGAAAGUACAAGCACCUGUAGCGGCCACGGACAAACCAGCUGCCCAUGAACCGGCGGAGACUGCAACUACCUCAGAAGAAGAACAGGACGACGUCGAACUACCACAAACAGAUGAUCUGAACGCGGAUGAUGAUUCAUCAGAAGAAGAAGACACACCGGUUACAUUGACUACGACGUCUACCCCAGUGAAGGCGACCACAUUAGCGGAUGUGCCAAGUGUACCGACGAAGGAUGUAACCACGGAGACAGAUACUUCCAAGGUUGUCGUACAUACUACGGUUCUGCCAGUAUCGGACUCGCAGGUGACCGAACAGCCAACCACUGUGCGACAAGAAGACGAACCGAUAACAACUGAAGCACCAGUAUCUCAUAGCAGCACCACCGGCAUCACGCAACCAGCUGAGGAGGCUAGUACCACAACUGGCACCACUGUGUUGAAUGAGGAUGAGGAUAAGCAACACACUGCAGCACCGGACGUUUCGCACGAUAAAGUCGCAGUUACAACCAUGGCACCGGCCGUAACGACCGCUCUACCGACGGAUUCCAAAGCAGAAGAGCCGAUACGUGAGGUAUCAACAACCACCCCAGCUCAGGAGGAUCUUGCGCAAUCGACCGUUGCUCCCGUCUCCGCACAAGCCGAUAUGCUUGACGAAAGGCUGGAUGAGAAACCAUCAGCACCAGUGCAGGAUGAAGAGGUCGCUCAGAAACCACAGCCGGUAGGCGAUGACAGUGACGAACAGCAAGCGGCCGUAAAGCCCACCUUUACCGAAGACGAAGAGGACGACCAGCAAAAGGUACAGGAACCAGAGAUUCCGGGACUGCACGAUGAUGGCAGCGGUCCGGCGAAACCCACACAACAGCCGGAAACUGUUGGACCAUCGUAUGGAGCGCCUGGUCAGCAUUACGACACCGGUUACGGUCACAUGCCACCACACUACCCACCGUCCUCCUACGAGGAUGACUACGGUGAAGAGGAAGACCCGGCCGCAUUCGGUCCCGGCACUUGCCGCUACGGUGGCAAACUGUACGUGUCCGCCCAACAGAUACCACGCGACGAUCCGUGCGAUUUCUGCUUCUGCUUCCGCAGUGAUAUUAUCUGCCUGCAACAGUCUUGCCCACCGCCAAUUAGCGGCUGUAACGAGGAACCGAUCGCCGGGUUCUGCUGUCCGCGGUACGAGUGCCCAGUAUCGAUGGCAACCGUAUUGAACGUGACGACCAGCACGACCACCACAACGACCACGCUGCCGCCACACUUCCUGUCGCACGCGUACAAGGGACAUGUGCAAAAGCGCGGCUGCCAGAUUCAGGGCAAGCCGUACAACGUUGGUGAAACGGUUGCGUCCGCUUCCGGUCCUUGCAUGAGAUGCACGUGUGGUGGAGACGGUCAGAUGCAGUGUGAACCGAAGGCUUGCAGCCCUGAGCCGAUGCUGCAACAGAUGAUUGCUGUGGCAGCGGCCAAAAGAAGAUGA